GUCGAAACUAAAAGAGCCUAAUUAGGGAGAGAGCGCAAGAGUCGGUUGCAAGCUGUCCUCAAAGGCAAAAAAAUUUAGCGGCAUCCACCAAGUACCAUCUCUACAGCCUCUUCAGUUUAUGUGCAUGAAAGAUGAGAGGUUCUAAAAGCCACAAGUAGAAGCAAAGUUUUGCUCUUUUGUCUGGAUUACCUCAGACUCUCCUCAUGUGGUAAUGAUGAGACACCUUGGAAGAACAUGGAGACGAAGACAAAAGAGAUCCUGUACUGAAGCCAAACCUCAUGACGAUCAAUGCUCAGAGUUGAGGAAAUGGAUGGUGCACCGAUCUUCAAAAAGUUUGUUGGCGGAGACAUUUAGUUUGGUACCUUUUGACUUUGCAGAAACAGGUCGUGGAUUAAAGACAAAGAGGAAAAUUGAACCUGGUACAAUGAUUGUGUCAAUCCCACAAUGCCUGCUGGUGUCUCCACUGGAUGUCCUUACCUCUGAGAUGGGCUGUCUCAUCAAGAGGUGGAGGCCAACAUUCACAGGCCAUCAGAUCUUAUCACUUUUUCUCCUGAUUGAGCUAAAAAAGGGAAGAAACUCUGCCUGGCAUCCAUUUAUACAGUCGCUUCCAGCCUGUUACACACUGCCUCAUUAUUUCUCCCAUGGAGAGCUUGACUUCCUCACAUCCCAUAUCCGUGAGAGAGCAGACAAAGAAAUAGCUCGGGCCCAUCAAGCCUUCAAAGAUGUGCACAAAUUUUGCCAGCAUCACUGGCCCAGUGGUGUGGACUGGGCAUCAUGGGAAAAGUUUCUGUGGGCAUGGUGCACCAUCAGCAGUCGUGCAGUUUACCUCAAAACAGAGGCAAGUGCUGAAGGCUGGCUUGACCUGAGCCACACAGACGAGAACAACCAAGCAUUAUGUCCAUACCUGGACCUGAUCAACCACACCUCCACUGCACAGAUGAGAGCUGGCCUGAAUACGAAGACUGCCUGCUAUGAGAUAGUGACAGAGGAUUCCUUUCAAGCUCACGACCAGGUGUUUAUCAGCUAUGGUCCUCAUGACAACACAACUUUAUUCCUGUUUUACGGCUUCACCCUUCCAACCAAUGUCUACAACAGCGUUUUCUUCUCCAUAGAGGAUUUAACAGAGCUUUUGGAAGUCUUUCAUGUGGACAGCUGGGCUCGAAGGAAAGAGGUGCUUUGCCAAUAUAACUUACUUAGGCGGCUGGCAUGCAGUACAGAAGGGAUCUCAUGGAAUCUUCAAGCUGCUCUGUCUGUCUUGGCUAUGGAUCUUACACAGUUACAAGAAUGUUGGAGAAUAUUAAACAAAGAAGAAAUCCAUCCUGCUCUUGAGGCAAAUGUGUUGAUAAUGGCCAGGCAUCUGAUAGGCACAGCCUUAAGGAUGACAAAGCAGUUUCUUGCGGACAGGGAACGAAGGGCACAAAUGGAUGGUCCAACAACACACACACAACUUGCCCUCAGUCUUGUAAGGGAUGAUAUUGGCAUACUAACAUCAGCUCUACACGCCGUGUCCUGAUAACUUCACUGGAAUGUUAGAACUCGAAAACAUUUUACAGUUUUCAUACUCACGGUUGAACAGUUGAACGUUUGGUUUCAUUCAAAACUUGUUUACAAAAAUUACAGUAAGAGUAAAAAAGAAUAACAAAUACUGUUUAUUUCAUUUUCCAUGUGUAAUUUUAUGAAGCACACAACAGGACAGGUCAGGGGGAUGGCAUGAAAAUUUAUUGGUUAUCAAACAUACAAAAAAGGAUCUACAGAUAAUAUGCUCAACAGUCCUCUUUACAAACAAUGCAACUAAAACAUUUACAACACUUGGUGUUUUCUU